AUGGUAAAAACAGCAAAGGCUUUUCAAGAAAAAGUUGAAAUUUCUCAGAUGUUACGAAAAUGGCUAGAGCCACGGCUCGCACCAAAAUUAGAUAAAGGAUUAAGUUGUGAACAGGCCUGGGGAGAAAUAAUCAAAGAAAUAUCAAUAAAUGCAUUAUCAACACUUCCACUGAGUACUUUUGCUACUGCAAUAUCAAAUUUAAAUCAGAUGAAUGUUUCAAAAAAAAUAAGGUUGAUAGAGAAAAUACUCAAUAUAACGCCACAUCCUGAAAAUGCAUCUGGCGAAACAAUUAAUAAGAUCAGUGCAAUUUUAGUUUCAAUAUUAUUACCAAAAAACAAUCCUAAUGGAAUAUCCUCAAGUGAUAUUGAUGUGAAUUUUAUGAAAAUAACAAAAACAAUUUUAAGACAGUCACACGGUGAUUGGAUAGAUGCAAAUGAAGUUCUUUCAAAUUUCUUAAAUAUCUGUUCAGCUAGUUACAAUUUUGAAAAGAAUGUUUAUGUUUUGUAUCCAUUCUUAAAUGAUGUUACAAAAUUUGUAAAAAGUCUAAACAAUAAUCAAAAAACUGGAAUGGAUAAAUUUUUUUCAUGUCUGCAAAGAAUUACUAUUGAAUCAGGAUAUAGAUUAAAUGACUUGAUACAAAUAAAUGUACCUGACAGACAAAAAGAUUUUAGCGAAAGAUUUUUAAAUAACUACAUUCCAAGAUGUGUACCGUUGAUAUUUCACUGCUCAGGAAAGAAUAUAAGUGAUAUGCAAAGGGAUUAUCUAAGACACAAUAAAAAAUCAUUAAAAAGACCUUGCUGGCAUAAUCAACACCAAUUGAUUCUUUUGAUUUUACAAAAGGCGCCGAAUUAUACUAUGUCACAUAACGAGUUGAUUGAUGCAUCAAUUACUUUAGAUGAAAGGUUAAGUGCUGAAACAGGAUUACCAAGAGUUUUUAGUGGUCAGUCACCAAAAAGUUCAGCUAGCUUUUGUUUGGUGAACAAUUCAGAAAAAUAUUUUAAAGAAUUAAAUCUUCCUUACUCAAAAAAUAUAUAUUAUAAAUUAGCAUUCAUACCAAAUGAUAUUGAUGAUGCUAUUAGACAUUAUAAUAAUUGGAUGAGAAAAUUGAUAAAUCAUGAUUGGCCUUUAUGUUUUGGUAAAUUAAAAAAGAAUAAGCAAGGCUCUACAAUAGUAAAUAGUGGGCAUGUCGUUAUGCUUAGUGUAGGAACAACUACACAAUUUCAUUUGAGAUGUCGGCAAUGCGCAGCAGAUACAAAUUGCGAUAUGAAAUUACCAUCAUGUACAAAAUGCAGAACAAAAGGAACUUUAUGUGUCUAUCAGUUACAAACGGUUGAACUAAACAAAAAACAUCAAACCAGAAAAUCAAAAAAUAUUUAUGACAAUAAUGUGAAAUUUGGAAAAUUUACUGUUGCAACAGAUGAGGAGAUUAUUGAAGGAUUAGAUCUGACCAAUGUACCAAAAAGUUUGGCUGACGUUGUUGAAAUUAAAAAGUCCACGAUUCGAAAUGCAGGCAAUGGAUUAUUUGCCAAAAUAAAUCUUCCGAUUGCAACACCUUUAGGAUUUUAUUUUGGCGUUCCAAUGAGUGAAGAUGAGUUUGAUCAAAAUAAAGAUAAAGUAGGCAGGUCAUCACAUUAUUCAAUGAGAUAUAAGGAUAUGAUACUCGAUGCAACUGAUGAUAAUGGACAGCCAUUCACUGAUCCAAAAGGAAAGAUUCAUUGUCCUUUUCAUUUUAUGAAUGAAGAUCCAUUUGGUAAUAUAGUAUUUCUUGAAGGAAGUACUGUCAACCAAGUUAUAUGUUGGACAAAACGUGAUAUUAAAAAAGGAGAAGAACUGUUUGUUUAUUAUGGCCGUGAUGUUGAUAGAGAACAUUGGGGUCGGGCUGUAAAAAAUGGUGAUGGAAGUGAAAAUAAUUUUGAUAAUGAGAAGGACGACGA